AUGGCCGAGAAACGGAGGGGCUCGCCGUGCAAUAUGCUAAGCCUCAAGGCGCACGCCUUCUCGGUGGAGGCGCUGAUCGGCGCGGAGAAGCAGCAACAGCUUCAAAAGAAGCGGAGAAAGCUGACCACGGAAGAGGCGGCCGGGGCGCCGGACGACGCUGGCUGCAGCCGUGGUGGUGGCGCGUGCGAUCAGGGCGGCUCCGAGGCCGACGAAGACGCAGUUCCCCCGCAGCCGCCUACCGGGGCGGCGUCCGGAACGGCGCGGAGCUGCACGGACGUGGAGCGGAGUUGUGGAUCCCGCGGAGCGGCGGGCAGCUGUGAGGACGGCUUCCUGCAGGGCGCCUCCCCGCUGGCGUCUCCGAGAGGUUCCCCGAAAGGGUCUCCGGUACCUGGCCUUGCCCGGACAGGGACCCCACUGCCCGCGCCGCAGGCCCCGAGGGUGGAUCUGCAAGGAGCGGAACUCUGGAAGCGCUUUCACGAAAUAGGCACGGAGAUGAUCAUCACCAAAGCCGGCAGGCGCAUGUUUCCAGCGAUGCGAGUGAAGAUCUCCGGCUUGGAUCCCCACCAGCAGUAUUACAUUGCCAUGGAUAUUGUGCCCGUGGACAACAAGAGAUACAGGUAUGUUUACCACAGCUCUAAAUGGAUGGUGGCAGGUAAUGCUGACUCCCCUGUGCCACCCAGGGUGUAUAUUCAUCCCGACUCGCCUGCCUCUGGAGAGACUUGGAUGCGGCAAGUGAUCAGCUUCGACAAGCUGAAGCUUACCAACAACGAACUGGAUGAUCAAGGCCAUAUUAUUCUUCAUUCUAUGCACAAAUACCAGCCACGCGUGCAUGUCAUCCGUAAAGACUGUGGGGACGAUCUUUCCCCCAUCAAGCCUGUUCCUUCUGGGGAGGGAGUGAAGGCGUUCUCCUUCCCAGAGACAGUCUUCACCACUGUCACCGCCUACCAGAAUCAGCAGAUCACUCGCCUUAAGAUAGAUAGGAAUCCAUUUGCCAAAGGCUUUCGAGACUCCGGGAGGAACAGAAUGGGAUUAGAAGCCCUGGUGGAGUCUUAUGCCUUCUGGAGACCAUCACUACGGACUCUCACCUUUGAAGACAUCCCUGGGAUUCCAAAGCAAGGAAGCACAAGUUCUUCCACUCUACUGCAAGGUACUGGGAAUGGUGUUCCUGCCACACACCCUCACCUGCUGUCUGGCUCCUCUUGUUCCUCUCCUGCCUUCCACCUGGGGCCGAACGCCAGCCAGCUGUGUAGUCUGGCUCCCGCUGACUAUUCUGCCUGUGCCCGUUCAGGCCUCACCCUCAACCGAUACAGCACGUCCUUGGCAGAGACCUACAACAGGCUUACCAACCAGAGCAGCGAGACUUUCGCCCCACCCAGGACUCCUUCCUAUGUGGGUGUAAGCAGUAGCCCAUCCGUAAACAUGUCCAUGGGUGGCACCGAUGGGGACACCUUCAGCUGCCCGCAGAGCAGCCUGUCCAUGCAGAUCUCGGGGAUGUCCCCUCAGCUCCAGUACAUCAUGCCGUCACCGUCCAGCAAUGCCUUUGCCGCUAACCAGACCCACCAGGGGUCCUACAACACUUUCCGGUUACACAGUCCCUGUGCCUUGUACGGAUACAACUUCUCCACAUCCCCUAAACUGGCUGCCAGUCCGGAGAAAAUUGUUUCUUCCCAAGGAAGUUUCUUGGGGUCCUCACCAAGUGGGACCAUGACUGAUCGGCAGAUGUUGCCCCCUGUGGAAGGAGUGCACCUGCUUAGCAGUGGGGGCCAGCAGAGUUUCUUUGACUCCAGGACCCUAGGAAGCUUAACUCUGUCGUCUUCUCAAGUGUCUGCACAUAUGGUCUGA